AUGGCCACGUUAGGAGGAACAGACUACAGUGAACACCGUAGAGACUACAGUGAACACCGUGGAGACUACAGUGGACACCGUAGAGACUACAGUGAACACCGUGGAGACUACAGUGAACACCGUGGAGACUACAGUGAACACCGUGGAGACUACAGUGAACACCGUGGAGACUACAGUGAACACCGUGGAGACUACAGUGAACACCGUGGAGACUACAGUGACCACCGUGGAGACUACAGUGAGCACCGUGGAGACUACAGUGACCACCGUGGAGACUACAGUGAGCACCGUGGAGACUACAGUGAGCACCGUAGAGACUACAGUGAGCACCGUGGAGACUACAGUGAACACCGUGGAGACUACAGUGAACACCGUGGAGACUACAGUGAACACCGUGGAGACUACAGUGAACACCGUGGAGACUACAGUGAACACCGUGGAGACUACAGUGACCACCGUGGAGACUACAGUGAGCACCGUGGAGACUACAGUGAGCACCGUAGAGACUACAGUGAGCACCGUGGAGACUACAGUGAGCACCGUGGAGACUACAGUGAGCACCGUGGAGACUACAGUGAACGUGCCGGUACAAAACACAAGCCAAAAUCAUUGAAGACAUUAUUUCCUCCACAUUGA